AUGGCUUCAAGCCUCUCAUUCAGACAAGUCCCCCUGGGCAUUGCGCGACGAUACACCAGUGUCAAUCACAUUGCGAGACGCUUCCAAAGCAACGCCGCGACGCAAACCCAGAAUCCUGCCUAUCCUUUAUAUCCCUCCGUCACUCAACUGCUCCAUCAGAAGGGCGUUCCCGACUCUGAAGUAUCCAAAAUCCCCGCCACCGGCCCCAAGGGCCGUCUCCUAAAGGGCGAUGUUCUCGCGUACCUAGGAUCCAUCCAGGCCGACUACCCGGCUGAACAGGCUGCGCGCCUCGCAAAGAUGGCCCAUUUGGAUCUCAGCAACAUCAAGAUUGCACCGCCUCCUGCACCUCCCAAGCCCGCCGCGACGCCUGCUGUUGAGGAAGCUCUUCCCGAAUUGCCCUCUGACAUCUCCGUCGCCGCAUCGAUUUCUCUUGAGUCGGUCUUGUCUACUCAGAAGCGCAUUAAAGAAACCCUCGGGGUUACUGUCCCUCUAUCUACUUUUAUUGCACGGGCUACCGAAUUGGCCAAUGACGAUCUACCCCGAUCGGCCCUCUCUCAGCCAUCUGCCAGCGAGCUCUUUGAUGAGCUUCUCGGCGCCGCACCGGUUCGCUUUGGGCGUGGAAGCUACAUCCCCGAGAUCAAUACUGUCCCCAUUGAUGAAUUCGAAACAUACGAAGAGGAGCAGUACGUUGAGGAGGAUAUCAUCGACAUCCUGGCCGGAAAUGUUUCUUCCCCGAGACGUCCUUCGGCUCCUGUGGCUCCGGUCGAAUCCAACGGCCCUAUUCCCGCUGCGCUCAAUGUAUUCAGUCUGACCGUCCCCGCCGGAGAGGAGCGACGAGCCAGGACGUUCCUGGAUCGUUUGAAUACCAUUUUGACGGCCAAUCCCGGCAGCCUUGUUCUGUGA